GGAUUUCGAGCCUUUCUCUCGCGAGGUUUUUGCAGUACCGGAGUCAGCUGUGGUGGCUGCUUGCGGGGUGAGAGGAGGUGGUUCUGUCGCGGUUUUCCAGAAAGUCUGCGCCAAGCUCAGAGGCGUUAAGUAUACAGAAAAAUGGAGUAUAUGACAGAAUCUGUCACCUGCACACCUGGACACAUCUUGUGCUGCGAUUGUGGUGUCCCAAUUAGUCCAAAUCCUGCCAAUAUUUGUGUGGCCUGUCUGCGAAGUAAAGUAGAUAUCAGCCAAGGCAUUCCAAAACAAGUGUCUAUAUCUUUCUGCAAACAAUGCCAAAGAUAUUUCCAGCCACCAGGAACUUGGAUACAGUGUGCGUUAGAAUCCAGGGAACUUCUUGCUUUGUGUUUGAAAAAAAUCAAAGCCCCUCUGAGUAAGGUGCGGCUUGUAGAUGCAAGUUUUGUUUGGACUGAACCCCAUUCCAAGAGACUUAAAGUUAAACUAACUAUUCAGAAAGAGGUGAUGAAUGGUGCUAUCCUUCAGCAAGUGUUUGUGGUGGAUUAUGUUGUUCAACCCCAAAUGUGUGGAGACUGCCAUAGAGUAGAAGCUAAGGAUUUCUGGAAGGCUGUGGUUCAAGUGAGGCAAAAGACUUUGCACAAAAAAACUUUCUACUACCUGGAACAGUUGAUUUUGAAAUAUGGGAUGCACCAGAAUACACUUCGUAUCAAAGAGAUUCAUGAUGGUCUGGAUUUCUAUUAUUCCUCAAAACAACAUGCUCAGAAGAUGGUAGAAUUUCUCCAGUGUACGGUUCCCACUAGAUACAAAGCUUCACAGAGACUCAUCUCUCAGGAUAUCCACAGUAACACAUACAAUUACAAAAGCACUUUUUCUGUGGAAAUUGUUCCAAUAUGCAAGGAUAAUGUUGUUUGUCUGUCUUCGAAACUGGCACAAAGCCUGGGAAACAUGAACCAGAUUUGUGUGUGUAUUCGAGUAACCAGCGUUAUCCACCUCAUAGAUCCAAAUACCCUACAAGUUGCAGAUAUUGAUGGGAACACUUUUUGGAGUCAUCCUUUUAAUAGUUUAUGCCAUCCCAGACAGCUAGAGGAGUUUAUUGUUAUGGAUUGCAGCAUAGUACGAGAUCUAAAACGCAGUGCAGGUGCUGGAAUGAUAUCCAAAAAGCAUACCCUCGGAGAAGUCUGGGUACAGAAAACAUCUGAAAUGAAUACAGAUAAACAGUAUUUUUGCCGCACUCAUUUGGGACAUCUUCUAAAUCCUGGAGACCUGGUGUUGGGGUUUGAUUUGGCCAACUGUAACUUAAAUGAUGAGCAUGUCAAUAAAAUGAAAUCAGAUAGAAUCCCAGAUGUGGUAUUAAUCAAGAAGAGCUAUGACCGUACCAAACGUCAACGUCGUAGAAACUGGAAACUAAAAGAGCUUGCAAAAGAGAGAGAAAACAUGGAUGCAGAUAAUGAAAGGCAAUACCAAGAUUUCCUUGAAGAUCUUGAAGAAGAUGAGGCAAUUAGAAAAAAUGUAAACAUUUACAGAGAUUCAACCAUUCCGGUGGAAAGUGACACAGAUGAUGAAGGAGCACCUCGUAUUAGUCUGGCGGAGAUGCUUGAAGACCUUCACAUUUCCCAGGAUGCUACUGGUGAAGAAGGUGAAUCAAUGAUGACAUAAUGAGAUAAUGUUGUAGAUGGUUUCCACAUCCUUAGGCUCAGGAUGUUAGAUGGAAUAACUUUUUGUUUUUUCUGUCUAUGCUUUCAUAUUGAGAAGGAGAAAUUUAGUUUUAAACCUGACUAAAUAUGACUAUUUUGAUUGCUCACUUGAAGACUGGAAAAAGAUUGAUGGCUUUGAAGCUUUAGAUAAAAGAUUAUGGAGAAUGUAAUUAUUGCUGAUAUUUAGGCCAUUUUAUGUAUGGAGUUUUAUGGGCUUGCUUUUUUAUGAGACGAUAGUAUUUUCACAUACUAUAACUCUGGGUUUAAAAGCUGACAAGUUGUGAUUCCUUGGAGGUUACCUAAAUCCUCAAGCAUAUAACAAGCUUUUACAUUCUUUUUAUAUUAAUUGCUUUAGUAAAAGAGUAUAUGAGAAAUAAUUUUUAAUAUGAAUUUGCCACGCACGUUGAUCCACUUUAGAUCAUUUUUAUAUCCUUGGAAUAGGGAAGUUGGAGUUCAGUUUAUCAUUGGACAUUCAAUAGGAAAGUUAAUCUUUUUCAAUUCACAAUAUUUACUUCUUUGAAAGCCGGAGGUUAUCUUAAUUUUUAAUGCAGAAGAAAGUAUAUUUAAAAUAUUUGUGGAUUUGUAGCAAACGUAGACUAUUUAAAGGUUAAAGAGCAGUUUAUACCUUUGUUGUUUUGGUCUGUGCCAGCAGCUUAGUGCAGUAGCUGCUUAUGUCAUAAAAAUGUCUUCCUAUCACUUCAAAGGUUUUGCUUUUAAAAUUUUGAUUUACAAAUUGAGAAGGAAUUCUUUUUCUGUAAGUUUCUAUCAUUGAAUGAAUGUAUCAUCAUCAAAAAGAAUAUUAGAAUCCAGCAGAUAGAUGAAGAAGUAACAAAAAUGAUCUUCAUGCUUUAUAAAACUGCAAAUCAGAUAUGAAUGAGGAAUGCCUUCCACAUCCUUGAAGGAGAAGCCUUGGCUUGGGUUUUAAAGUGUUCUGAAAAUGAAGUAUUAAGAUCCUAUUCCUAUAAGCAAGAUUGGACUUACUAAGCAUGCCAGAACUAAGAGCUAAUUCAUAAAUUCUGUAUACACCACUAAAUAAGGGAAUUGAGUAAGUGCUGAAUGGGACCACUUCCCUUUAUAAGAUUCGACUCCCUAAUUGAGAAGUUCUGAAUAAAACCGUAUGCUUUCUGAGGUGGCUCCUUUUCUGUCUUCAUAUUUAAAGUUUUUAUAUGUGGUAUGUGUUUACCUCUUCUAUGUGAAGAGUUUAAAAAGCAUGAAAAUAAAAAUGUUCUCCCCA